AUGAGUGGGGUACCCGACAACGCGCCACAACACUGUCCUGGGACACAAAGUGACGAUGCUGGGAAGGCGUCAGCAUGUGCUGGAUGCCCUAACCAGAACAUAUGCGCAUCAGGUGCUGCCUCUGGACCUGACCCAGCAAUACAGAUAAUCAAGGAACGUCUUUCAAAUGUGAAGCAUAAAAUAUUAAUCCUCUCUGGCAAGGGUGGAGUUGGAAAAAGUACUGUUACUUCUCUACUUGGACAUGCUUUAGCCUCCAGAAACCCUGAGGCUAAUGUGGGUAUAUUGGACGCGGACAUCUGCGGACCUAGCCAGCCUCGCGUGCUGGGAGUGCGCGGCGAACAAGUUCACAACUCCGGAUCAGGAUGGUCCCCUGUUUACGUCACAGACAAUUUGUCCCUGAUGUCGAUUGGUUUUCUAUUGGGAAGCCCAGAUGAUGCAGUCAUAUGGAGAGGACCUAAGAAAAAUGGUAUGAUUAAGCAAUUUCUAAGUGAAGUAGACUGGGGGGACCUGGACUAUCUGCUAAUAGACACACCUCCAGGCACAUCAGAUGAGCACCUCUCAGCAGUUCAGUACCUGACAUCAGCCGGGCUGGACGGCGCGCUGGUGGUGACGACGCCGCAGGAGGUGGCCCUGCUAGAUGUCAGGAAGGAACUGCAAUUCUGCACCAAACUCGGAGUUCCUGUGUUAGGGGUGCUUGAAAAUAUGUCGUUGUUUGUCUGCCCUAACUGCAAGACCCGUAGUGAGAUAUUCCCGGCCACCACGGGUGGAGCUGCUCAAAUGUGCUCAGAGCUAAGCGUGCCGCUACUGGGUAGUUUGCCCCUAGACCCCAUACUAGCGAGGUGCUGCGAUGACGGACGAGACUUUCUACAGGAGCUACCCAAUUCCCCUGCCGUUGCAGCACUACGCAGCAUUGUAGAUAAAAUCGUUGCCACUUGUGAAAAUACCUCCAGUUGA